AUGCUUUCAGUCAUCAAUAUCUGCUGCACUGGAGAUAAUUUCAGCAUAUCAGCUAUGUAUAAAAGACUUAACCAACAGGUUCCUACAACAGCAAUAUCAGGAACUAUUUGGGGUGGUUGGCACUAUCCUAAACAUUCAUUCAUAUUAUGGUUGGCUUCCAUCUCAAGGUUGCUAACUCAAGAUAGACUGUGCAGAAUGAGGAUGCUUAAUUCAAAUCAGUGUGUUCUAUGUGCUGAUAUCAACCAAAGAGAAACCUGCAAACACUUAUUCUUUGAAUGUCAAUACUCAUCGGCAUUUUGGAAUAAAGCAAUGGACUGGGUUGGCUUCAAUUGGAAGACAUGUAGCUGGCAUCAUCUAUUAACUUUGUUUAGUAUGAGUUUGAGAGGGACUGGCUUUAAAGCUAAGCUUAAAAGGAUGGUUUUAUCAGCAUCAGUUUACAUACUCUGGCAGGAGAGGAAUCUUAGGAUUUUCCAAGGACGUGCGCGUGAUUCUGAUACUCUCUUUCGUGCACUAAAAUUCAGUUUAUACUCCAAGCUUCUGAAUGUAAAAAUUCCAAUUCAUGUAAAGGAACAGAUUGAGAGAUUGGCAUGA